CUUCGACCGUGCCUGUCGGAUUAAUUCCCUUGUCUGGUCUCUGCCACCAUGUCUUCCGGAGAUCGCGAGGCUGAUAUCACUCAGUAAGUGAUUAUCUUGUCCUUAUCCUUGUCUUUGUGUCUCUGUGCGCCUGCUCUACAGCGCAGCGUCGGCUGAGUCAUCAAUGCCUGCCACACUUUCCCAUACUAAUACAUCAUACUUCAGGCCAUUCCAACAGGGCCAUGGCACCAUCACCGAGGUCACCUCGAACGAGAAGGCCUACAUGACGGAGAAGGCGCUCAAUGACACUCCUGAUGGUGAAGAACCCACCCAUGAGGAGUCCCGAACCCUUCGUCAUGUCGCUGAACAUCUGCCUGUGUCUGCUUGGCUCGUCGCUGUCGUCGAGCUUUGCGAGCGUUUCACCUACUACGGAAUGUCCGGCAUGUUCCAAAACUACAUUCAACGUCCUCUCGACGGAAGUCAAGGCCGUGGUGCCCUUGGCAUGGGCCAGCAGGGUGCCACUGGUUUGACCACUUUCUUCCAGUUCUGGUGCUAUGUCACUCCGAUUCUUGGUGCUGUUGUCGCUGAUCAAUACCUGGGCAAGUACAGAACCAUUGUGGUCUUCUGUAUCGUCUACCUCGUCGGUCUCCUCAUCUUGGUCUGCACGUCCAUCCCGACCGCUCUUGAACAUGGAGCAGGUAUUGGCGGCUUCAUCGUUUCGAUCUUGAUCAUCGGUCUGGGAACUGGUGGUAUCAAGAGUAACGUCGCCCCCUUGAUUGCCGACCAGUACAAGCGGAAGAAGAGAGCCAUCAAGACGACCCCCAAGGGUGAGCGGGUCAUCAUCGAUCCUGCCUUGACUAUCCAACGCAUCUACAUGAUCUUCUAUGGCUGUAUCAACAUCGGAUCCCUGUCCCUGCUGGCAACGCCUUACAUGGAGAAGUACAUCGGCUUCUGGUCCGGUUACUUGCUCUGUCUGUGUAUGUUCGCCGUCGGUACUGGUGUUCUCAUCUUCGGCCGCAAGUUCUACGUUGUCCGUCCCCCUCAGGGCUCCAUCAUCACCGAUGCCUUCAAGGCCUUGUGGAUUAUGAUCGUCAACCGCAACAUGGACGCGCCCAAGCCUAGUUGGCAAGCCACCAACGGAGGCUCCAGACCUAAUGUGCCUUGGGAUGAUCACUUCAUCGAUGAGCUCAAGCGCGCCCUGGUCGCCUGCCGUGUCUUCGCCUUCUACCCCAUCUACUGGGUUGUCUACGGCCAGUUCUCCAGCAACUUCGUCACCCAGGCUGGUGAGAUGGAAGGCCACGGUAUCCCCAACGAUUUGAUGCAGAACUUUGACCCCAUUUCCGUCAUUGUCUUCAUUCCCGUCUUGGAGACUCUCGUCUACCCUUUGCUCCGCCGCUUGCGCAUCAACUUCCGCCCCAUCACCCGUAUCUCCGUUGGUUUCGUCAUCGCCUCCCUGGCUAUGAUGUACGCUGCCAUCGUUCAGCACUUGAUCUACUCUGCCGGACCUUGCUACGACAAGCCUCUCUGCGAUGCCUCCCUCGUUGAUGGCUCGGCCACCGGCAACAAGGUUCACAUCGCGAUCCAGACCCCUGCCUAUGUCUUCAUCGGUGUUUCCGAGAUUUUCGCCUCCGUGUCCGGUCUGGAGUAUGCGUACACCAAGGCGCCUCCGUCCAUGAAGUCGUUCGUGCAGUCGAUGUACCUGCUCACCAACGCUUUCGGAUCGGCCAUUGCCGAGGCUUUGACGCCCGCUGCCUAUGACCCGGCCAUCAUGUGGAUGUUCACUGGUCUGGCUUGCGCCUCGUUCAUUGCCGGUAUCAUCUUCUGGCUGGUGUACCACCACCUCAACGACCAGGAGGAUGAGAUGAACGCUCUGGACGCGGAAGAUCCGGAAACCUCUGCCCCGGUCGAGCGGGAGGAAAAGAAGGAUUCCUCCGAGCACUAGACUCCGGCCAGGAUCGCACCCACCCAUUCUAAUGUAUUAUAAUCUUUGUGUUUAGCUUUUGUGAUGUUCGUGGAUGGCGUUUUCCCCUUUUUGAAACGUGGUAUACUUGAUCAUCUCGCGCAGGCUCGCGUCACAGCCCAUUGAUGAGCAGAUGCAGUAUGAAGAACCCCCAUGUGUGUAUAUAUGCCGGGUGUACGGAUUGAUGUAUUUUUAUUUUCUACGAGUUACAUAGUAUAGAUCAUAGCUAGCAUAUACUACUCUUUCCAUACUC